AUGCCUUCGUCAACAUCAAAGACCGACCAGGGAGCAGAGGGUACCGAGGCUCUCCCACCGUUAGAGGAAACCUUCAUGGUCGGCUCACCGGGCUCCGAACUCGAAUUCAUCGACACUCUCCUCGCAGGACCAAUCAACCCACAACUCCCAAUGUGCAAUAUGCAAGUAUUCCCAAUCCACGACGAACCCAACGCCAAAGACCUCUUCCCGUACCUCGGUGCCUGCAUCUCCCUGGGCAAAGGCUGCAUUGUAACCCGCGAAUUCCUCCAAUUCGCGUACCAAAACAACACCCACAAUCUAAACAUCGAACCCAUCGACCCCUUGAACCCAGAUGUGCACAUCAACAUCAUGAUCCACGACUCCUGGGGCAAACAACAUACCAUUGAAAUCGCGGCAAAAUCCAAGAUUCCUUUCCUACUGAAAUCCCGUCGUUCCAACGACAAACAGCCAUUUUUAUUCCGUCUCAAUCUCCCGUGUCUAGUCACGGCAGAGAACUGCUCUAUUCUUCCGGGACCGACUUCUGCGAAAGACGGGGUUGUUAUGUGGAUCGGAUGUGGUGACUUUCCGCCGACGGGCAUGCCGGGGAAUGGGAUUACGCAGGUUUCUAGUACGGAUUGGUUGGUCCAGUGUGAUCAUAGGAGGGAAGAGAAUGGCGACGUGGUACCGCAUCUUGGUCCGUACUAUAGGAUUAGGGGGUGUCCGGAUGAAGUGCUCAGCGAGAAUGCGUCGAUUCAUGCGAGGGGAGGGAUAUGGGGAUUUGAGGGGGAUGAGGACACUGAUGAUGAAUACAGUGAUGGCGAUGAGGAUGAGGACAGUGAUGAUAGUGAUGAUUCAACGGAGACGAUUAGGCCAGGUCAUUAUUCUGGUAGGUAA